ACACUUACAGACACACAUAUUAGUAACCCCACCCUCCUAACUAUAGGAUAAACUCGAAGAAUUGUUGUGGAAACCCUUUUUCUUUUCAUCUUCUUCCUUCUUUCUGACUUUCUCUUUUCUCUGUCCAGUGAGUGAGGCAAAUAUGCAAGGAGGAUUCAAGCAAAUCUUUUCUCAUGGAAGUGUCCUCAAAAGUGCUGUUUUACGACAUGUCCGUUUGGUGAAUCCGGUGUCGAGGCCACUUAUGUUUGUGCGCCAGGAAACAACUUCAGCUGCUCGUAUAGAAGAACAUGGUUUUGAAAGCACCAAAAUAUCUGACAUAUUGAAGGGCAAAGGUAAAGGUGCUGAUGGCUCCUGGCUCUGGUGCACUACAGAUGACAGUGUUUAUGAUGCUGUGAAAUCGAUGACACAGCACAAUGUAGGAGCCUUGGUGGUUGUGAAAUCUGGGGAAAAUAAGUCAAUUGCUGGUAUUAUUACAGAGAGAGAUUAUCUUCGGAAAAUCAUAGUACAGGGAAGAUCAUCCAAAUCAACAAAGGUUGGGGACAUCAUGACAGAGGAGAACAAGCUUAUCACCGUCACACCGGAAACCAAAGUUCUGAAAGCAAUGCAACUGAUGACAGAUAAUCGAAUCAGGCACAUUCCAGUUAUCGAUCAGACAGGAAUGAUAGGGAUGGUGUCCAUUGGAGAUGUUGUCCGUGCUGUUGUGAGUGAGCACAGGGAAGAGCUAAACCGGUUGAAUGCCUUCAUACAAGGAGGUUACUAGAUGACGACGACAAAUAAAUGGAUGAUGACUGCAAGGCUUCUGUUUGCAGUUUAAAGGUGUCUGAGUUGAGAACUCUUAAUCUUGUAAAUAUUGACAUCCUUACAUCUUCUCUAGCAUGAUGUUUGCCUAUGGAUAGGCUUUCAAUUUGGGAUUAAUAAGAUACAGUCUGCAUUGCUGUUA